GUAUAUAAUAACGUCAUUUCCGCCACCCGCUCCUUUCCGCGUUGCCUAGAGAGGGGUCCAUACGGCGUUGUUCUGAGUUCCCAGCGUAACUUAAAGGGAAACUUUAACAAUGUCCGGAGCCCUUGAUGUCCUGCAAAUGAAAGAGGAGGAUGUCCUCAAAUUUCUUGCAGCAGGAACCCACUUAGGUGGCACCAACCUUGACUUCCAGAUGGAGCAGUACAUCUACAAAAGGAAAAGUGAUGGCAUCUACAUCAUAAAUUUGAAGAGAACCUGGGAGAAGCUUCUGCUGGCAGCUCGUGCCAUUGUUGCCAUUGAAAAUCCUGCUGAUGUCAGUGUCAUAUCAUCCAGGAACACUGGCCAGCGAGCGGUGCUGAAGUUUGCCGCUGCCACUGGAGCCACUCCUAUUGCUGGCCGCUUCACUCCUGGAACCUUCACUAACCAGAUCCAGGCAGCUUUCCGGGAGCCAAGACUUUUGGUGGUCACUGAUCCCAGGGCUGACCACCAGCCUCUCACAGAGGCGUCGUACGUUAACCUGCCCACCAUUGCUCUGUGUAACACAGACUCGCCCCUGCGCUAUGUGGACAUUGCCAUCCCCUGCAAUAAUAAGGGAGCUCACUCCGUGGGUCUCAUGUGGUGGAUGCUGGCCCGGGAAGUCCUCCGCAUGCGUGGCACCAUCUCCCGUGAGCACCCAUGGGAGGUCAUGCCUGAUCUCUACUUCUACAGGGAUCCUGAAGAGAUUGAAAAGGAAGAGCAGGCUGCUGCUGAAAAGGCUGUGACGAAGGAGGAGUUUCAGGGCGAGUGGACGGCUCCAGCUCCCGAGUUUACUGCUACCCAGCCUGAGGUGGCAGACUGGUCUGAGGGCGUUCAGGUGCCCUCUGUGCCUAUUCAGCAGUUCCCUACUGAAGACUGGAGUGCCCAGCCUGCCACUGAAGACUGGUCUGCAGCCCCCACCGCUCAAGCCACUGAGUGGGUGGGAACCACCACAGAGUGGUCUUAAGCUGUUCUUCUGACAGGGACAGAAAGUGGAAGUAAGGUUAACGGAAAAUAAACAGUUUUUAAAAGUUAUGUCCAUUUCAGUUUACAGGCGUGAGAUUUUAUACAAGGUGGUAUGAGGAACCUUGUCAUCCUGUCCGUCAUACCAUAGCAUUCUUUGGGAAUGUGGUCAGGGUGGCCACAGCUACUAGUGGGCCAGCCGCACACUGCGGGAGCUUCCUCCUCCAGCGAGCGGCAGAAUCCAGCAACAAACCUAAGCGGCAGGCCUGGGAAACUUUCUGCUUCAAAAGCCUCACCCUUUUUUGUCUGUAGGGUCUGUGAGAGGGUUGUAUGAGUAGCAGUAUUUUCAUGCUGUAUUAAAAUGCUGUUCCAUGUUGGCCA